CCUAAACUUAUCCGAGCGCAUCAAAAUGAAUAAUAUGCGCUUCUAUUUACAUAUUGGUGCUCUUCUCGAAGAAGAUAAUGAUCGUAAUUUCAUGAGAAUAACGAAGAGACAGUUAAGGGACUCGCUUAAUGUUUUUGAAACAAGCGAGAAAGACUUUAAACAAAUGUUUCGUUUGGACAAAGUAAGUGUAAUGGGUUUGAUCGAGGAAAUAGGCCCCCAUUACCAAAACACAGGAAGUAUUCCGCUUCAUUUAAAGGUUCUAACAACACUAAACUUUGUUGCCACUGGUUCAUUUCAAAAUCCUGUAGGAAGUAGCUGUUGGAUUUCUUUGAGUCAGCCAUCAGUUUCAAGAAUAAUACACGAAAUAACAUCUUUAAUAUCACAACAUUUGUUGCCAGAAUGGGUUCAAUUUCCGACUGACUUCGAAACAAAAAAUAAUAUUAAACAAGGAUUUUACAACAAGUGGAAUGUACGUGGUGUUCUUGGAGUUGUAGAUGGAACUCAUGUUGAAAUUCUUGCUCCACCUACGAAUGACGUUCACCAUCCCCCUUUUGUUUAUAUAAACAGAAAAGGAAAACACUCAAUAAAUGUUAUGCUCAUUUCGGAUUCUAACACAAAAAUUAUUGCUUGCAAUGCCAGAUAUCCUGGGUCCGUCCAUGAUUCUGCAAUAUGGCAAAUGAGUAAUAUUAAAACUUAUUUAAAGCGGGAGUAUGAUAAUGGAGAUAAGUCCACGCAUUUACUUGGUGAUAGCGGAUACCCCCUUGAACCAUGGCUAUUUACUCCCUUUUCGAAUUUUGAGCAAGGAAGCCCAGAAGAACGUUUUAAUAACCAAUUCAAGACGGCUCGAAAUGUUAUUGAAAGAACCAACGGCAUAUUAAAAGGACGUUUUAGAUGUUUGUCAAGGCACAGAGUUCUUUUAUACCAUCCGAGUAGAGCAGCUAACAUCAUUUAUUCUUGCUGUGUUCUUCACAAUAUUGCUCUCCGGGCAAGGAUUCCUCUUCCGGAGGAAGAAAUAGAAUAUAGAGACGAGAUUGGCAUAGAAGGCAAUUUGGAGUACAAUGAUGUUCUGCAAGAAGGGAGGGCUACAAGAGCUAGAUAUAUAAGAAAUAAUUUAUUAUUAUAAAAUACAAAAAAAAAACUCCAAGACAUUUAUGUUAAAAAAAAGACUAUUAAUCAAAAUCAAAUUU